GGAGAAGACCAGGGCUGCGGGGAACGAGGCCGCCUCUUCCCCUUUAAGCUCUCGCUGCUCUUCUAUGCGGUGCCUAUUUUUAGCUCGUCCUCUUGGUAGCAUCCAGCUCUGCCCUCUAUUUCUCCGCGCUCUCUCCCCUCCAUCCCCCCCCGGUGGUAGGUUCCGCUCGGCGGCGGCGGGGGGACUGAGCAUGUCCGAAGCCGCUCGGCAGCGGCCGCCGCGCGGGGGCUGCGCUCGCGCGCCGCGCUCGCCGGGCGGGAAGGAGGGCGCGCGGCGGGGGGCCGCGUGAGGGAGGCGCGUGCCGCUGCUGCUCCGCGGCGCCCGCCGCCGCCGGCCGCAAGUCAACAGGAACAGCCUUUUGCAGCACUGUGCAUUCCUAAAGGCAGAAGGAGCCUGCACCAUCAUGUUUGGCACCAAGAGAUUAAAGAAAAAGUCCCAGUCGGUGGAUAUUAGUGGGCCAGGAUGCAACCCAGUGGCAGCUGAAGCUCAGACACCUCAGCCCAGUAAGUCUUUGCCUGCCACUCAGACAGCUACUGCUGAGGAGGAGCAGAACAACACGGCAAACACCCAGAGGCGCCAUCCACGCAGGAGUGAGUUGAAGAGAUACUACACCAUUGACCCUGGCCAGAAGAAGACCUCAGACAAGAGAGAUGGGCGACGAAUGUCCUUUCAAAAGCCCAGAGGAACUCUUGAAUACUCUGUGGAGUCCAGAGAUACUUUAAACAGUAUUGCCUUGAAAUUUGAUACAACACCCAAUGAGCUGGUUCAGUUAAAUAAGCUUUUCUCCAGAGCAGUCGUUCCUGGACAGAUUUUGUAUGUUCCUGACCCAGACUACAUUUCUAGUGUGGACAGCUCCCCCUCUCUAAGUCCUAUAAGUCCCUUAUCACCUACAUCUUCCGAAGCAGAGCUUGACAAGGCUGCAGUAAAUGAUCCAGAUGGAAUCCCACAGAAGGAGUCAGCUGCUUCACCAGCACACGUGUGUGCUCGUCCUACAAGAGUGGUAUCCUCCACCUCGGAAGAGGAGGAAGCAUUCACAGAGAAGUUCCUAAAAAUUAAUUGCAAGUACAUCACUAAUGGCAAGGGUACGGUCAAUGGUGUGCUGCUAGUGACACCAAAUAAUAUCAUGUUUGAUCCUCACAAGAUGGAUCCUCUGGUCCAGGAGAAUGGCUGUGAAGAGUAUGGCAUCAUGUGUCCAAUGGAAGAAGUGAUGUCAGCUGCUCUGUAUAAGGAAAUUGUGGACAGCAAAAUCAAGGAUUCAUUAACAAUAGAUGUAGAACAGCUGUCUGUAAGGGAACUUUGCCAUUCCAAGAAAGCUGCAAAGAGCAAUACAGAUGAAGUGGAUUCCAGGAUUCGGGAUCCAGGCAAUGACAGUGCCAGUACUGCCCCGAGGAGCACAGAGGAAUCUCUUUCAGAAGAUGUCUUCACAGAAUCAGAACUCUCUCCAAUCCGUGAGGAACUCGUUUCCUCAGAUGAGCUUCGACAAGACAAGUCUUCUGGAGCAUCAUCAGAAUCUGUCCAAACAAUAAACCAGACUAGUUCUGAAUGUUUAACAAUCAUUGCAGACUCCACUGAAGCUGCUAGUGACUUAAAACCCAACACUGAAUUGCUUGCAAAUGUCAAACAGUUUGGUACCCACAGCUUGGGUUCAGAAAGUUCUGGAAUGUCUGCAAAGGGGGGAAAAGAGCCUAGGGAAAAUAGCGGAGAUGUCCCCCAGCCUUCACAGGGGUCACAUGGCAGUGAAGAACGCAACAAAGAGGCAGAAGUGGGCAGCAAUCAAGAUUCCUCACUGGGGAAAAAACCCAAAGCAGACAGUAAGGCGGGAGAGGAACGUCUGCCUUGUGAAGAUACCACAGCAUCGCAAAAGGAAGAGCUAACCAGCGAGGCAAAAGCGCUGGGAGUGCUGACGCAGGACUCGGAGACAGAAGUUGAGGAACUCCGCAAACUCUGGAAGAGCCACACUAUGCAACAAACCAAGCAGCAGAGAGAGAACAUGCAGCAGGACUCACAAAAAGAAGUUACUCAGAAAACUGUGACUGUGGGAGAUGGACAGUUCGAAGGCUCUUCUCUCACAAAGGAGAAGAGGCGCCCCCGGUCUCACAAGUUCCUGCGGCUGCGCGUUGGGAAGCCCAUGAGGAAGACGUUCGUGUCGCAGGCAAGCGCGACAAUGCAGCAGUACGCACAGAGGGAUAAAAAACACGAGUAUUGGUUUGCUGUGCCCCAGGAGAGGACAGAUCACUUGUAUGUCUUCUUUAUCCAGUGGAGUCCAGAGAUAUAUGCAGAGGAUACUGGGGAGUCUCUUCGGGAGCCUGGAUUUAUAGUGGUAAAAAAGAAGGAAGAGCCUGAAACUAGCGAAGAAUCUACUACUGAUACUGCUGAAGAUGCUGCUAAAGAGUGGGAGGUAGUGUCAGUGGCUGAGUAUCACCGCAGGAUCGAUGCUCUAAAUAGCGAAGAACUGCGCACACUCUGCAGACGUCUCCAGAUAACAACAAGAGAAGACAUCAGUUCAAAACAGGCAACAAAUACCAAACCAGACCUGGAGCCUGAGGCAUUCCGGCCAAACCUUAGUGAUCCCAGUGAACUAUUACAGCCAGAUCAAAUUGAAAAGCUCACAAAAUCUCUUCCACCACGGACCAUCGGCUAUCCAUGGACUCUUGUCUACAGUACUGCAAAGCAUGGCAUGAGCUUGAAGACCCUGUAUCGAACUAUGCAAGGAUUAGACACACCUGUGCUGCUGGUUAUCAAGGACAGUGAUGGACAGGUUUUUGGUGCACUAGCAUCUGAACCUUUCAAAGUGAGUGAUGGCUUUUACGGCACUGGGGAGACCUUUAUGUUCACUUUCUCUCCAGAGUUUGAGGUUUUCAAGUGGACAGGAGACAACAUGUUUUUCAUCAAAGGAGACAUGGACUCCCUUGCUUUUGGUGGAGGAGGAGGGGAGUUUGCUCUUUGGCUCGAUGGUGAUCUCUACCAUGGAAGAAGUCAUUCAUGUAAAACAUUUGGGAAUCACACACUUUCUAAGAGAGAAGACUUCAUUAUUCAAGACAUAGAAAUAUGGGCUUUUGAAUGAGUAUGUAACUAUUUCUGCAGGGUGUUGUCCCAAACCUGACACGAAUCAGUGCAGCUCAGAAAUCCCUAGGAGCAAUAUAAUGCAUCAUUUUACCAUGCUGGUUUUUUUAAGAAGUCUUCAGUGUGGCCAUCUAGUUAUUUUUUGAAUAGCAGACUUCUUUUCAUGCUGUCACAUCUGUCAUGUACUGUUCUACCUUUUCUAAGCUGUAGACCCUUCUACAAAACACAGACCGUGUGGACUGAAAAUGGACAUCAUUUACUUGGAGCCUUGCAGCCUGCAAAGCUUUCUUACCCUUAUUACAGUUGCCUCCCCAGUUUCCCACACACACCUUUCUGCUCUCCUGCAAGGGGGCUGCUUCAUUGAAUAUAGGUUACUAUUUUUGUAUUCAGAUUGUCUAUGAAUGAAGUUGCCCUCUGAACCUACAGAAGAAGAAAGCUGCGUGUGGGUACUUCAGCAGUACUCAGAGAUUGGUCUGGAGCACUGGUGGGUUCAUUCCUCAGGAGCCACAGAGGAGCCCUGGCAUUCCUGCUGAGCACUUAGCAGUACACACGUGGUGAAGCUGGAAGAUCUCCAGAGUCAGCAGUGCCACUUGUCUGUUCAUUGUUGAUGUUGAAACCAGUCAUUUCAGUUGUAGCUGCACACUGAUGGUGUUCAGGAGUGGUUUGCACACGCUGUCCAUGCUCUGCAGGUUUGGGACACAUACUGGGACGGUACUGAGCUACGUGGCAAGGACUUACAAACUAGCAAAGGGGAUGGAGAGAUUGCAGCGGUUCCACACAAUCAAAAGGCUAAAGCAAGUAAAACUUGGUGAACAAUUUUUAUCUGUAUUAGGGCAUUAAAAGUACAGAACCAGAUGCAUCCUUCUUCAACAUAAAGUGUCAGAUAUAUGCUGUUAUACUGUUGUAGCCGUGUAGCACAUCAACUCCAAGAGUAUAGCUUAUUUCUGUCCAAAGAGCAAAAAAACCCUAGUUGUGCUGUUUUUGAGUGGGUCUAUGUUGUAAAUACCCAGUUAGCACCAGCUCUGACUACAAUGAGAUAAUGUACUAUAGGUAGAGCAUAUUGUAACUCAGUAGACUCGUGGAAUAUGCAAACUCCCUGUCUGUGACCUCAAACCAAACCGACCGCUCGAGUCCAGUCCCAGUAGCUCUUGGUCACUUCUGUAGAACUGAUAAACGCCAGCGUGGCAAUAACAGCUCAAUCAAACUUUGUUUCAAAGCUUUUAUUCUAUGUUCUGCAAAAAAAAAAAAUCACAAAAAAAAACUACUACUUGCUGUUAAGUGUGACAGUGACUGACUUUGUGCUGAAAUUUCAGCUAUUUCAGAUGAACAGUGUAUAUUCUCUUGUAAAUUAAUGUUUAAAGUAGUUUUGUUAUCCUAGGAGAGUGUUGGCUGAGGGGUUGCUUCUAGCACUUUAAAUUAUUCUAGCAAUGGAAUACAAGCCCAAUGGGUUGGCUUCAGUAGCUGUAGUUGUAUAGUAUUUCCAAAAACAUUGACAUCUCUGGGAGGUUUUCAAGAACCAUUGGCAGAGAGCUUACCGCUGCGGGAGCGAGGAAGAGGGCAGCUGUUCCAUCUAUAACAUGCUGAUGCUCAAUAUGAUUAGGAAUACAGGGCUCUGUCUCUCUGUGUAUAGCUCUUGAUCCUUAUUAGAACUUAGUGCAGCAUCUAGACUAAAUGUUUACAGAAUAAGGAAACUGUAAAUAAACUGAAAUGGCUUUUCUCCCCUUUGGUCUUCCACAGCAGUAUUAUUGUCUUUGUGGAGUUCAGACUACGAUAACAACAGCAACAAAAAUCCUGUAAUGGAUUUGAAGUACUAUAAGGUCACAGUGUAUAGCAAAUAAAUCUAAAUAUAUGUACAAACAAACCUGAGUUGGAGUUUAUUGAGAAGUUGGAGUU